GCGCCUCAGUCGACCAGCACCCUCCGUAACCGACGCUUCGUUCGCGUCGUGCGUCGUUUUCCGUCUCACCGACCGUCGCACCGGAAAGAAGGUGCUAGGAUCCCACCUGCCGGAGUGUUUAUCUCUCGGUCACGCGAGAUUGCUCCAAAACACAGAGAGAGAUUUCAGAGUGUGCAUUUUGUCAAAGUGCGAUCUUUCGUAUUUUGCGUGCGAAAGAGCGAUUAAGGGGUACACGGUGCGUACCUGCGCGUAAGAGUGUAUUAGAUCUCUCUUUCUCUCUCUCUCUCUCUCUGUGGUCUACAAGAGUGCGAGUUGCAGUAUGCGCUACCGUCAAAUUUGAGGAACUCCAUCGAGGAACGUUGACCUCUGAAGCAAAAUUUGUAGCAUCUCAGCAUUGUUUUGAAUACUGUAACAAAAUGAACGGACCAGUUUAUGCAUCAUCCUGUCCCGCAUUGCAGUCGAACCUCUCGCUGCACAGCUCAUCCUAUUACAGCGAGUACAGCGGUAGCACUGUGCGAAGACGGCUAUCGUCGACAGGCGAGGCAGAUACCUCAGCUACAUCAAGCUACGAGGGUAGCGACAGCUCCGAAAACAGCGAUGAAUCUCGACUUGAUCCUGUCAGUCAGAUGGAACGCGAGCAGCUCGAAACUUUCUUUCGAGGAUUGAAAUCACAAGUGUACGUAUGCGAAUCACUGGCGAAUUUGUACAUCGGUAGCGCUUCUCAGACAGAGAGGUGGGAGCUUCGUUUCACCGGAAUACCAGUGGUGGUUCUUGAUCUUGGGGAAACACGAUCAAGAUCCAAGAGACGUAUUCAAAUCCUGUUAGCGGAACGCGGUACUUGCUUUACACUCUGGCGCGAAACUAUCGACAACCUCUCAUCGUACAAGGUGUCCGGACCAGCCUUCCACACGAUGUGUCUCUCGUCUGAUCACACCCGCCUCGCCGGACUCAGCUUUGACAACUCGAAAGCUGCGAACGAUCUCUGGCAGCAUAUCGAACGUCUCGUGUCCUGCCCGGAGAACAUCAGUCUGUCAAUGCCGGGCAAGAAGAAGAAGAAGCAGACGCCGAAGAAGGUGGUGCUGCCGACCAAGAGCAACAUCAGCCAGCCGUGCCAGUUCCAGCACGUGACCAGCGUGGACGCGGCCGACCGGUCACGAUACUUCUCGCUGCAGACGUUGGUUCCAGCGCUGAGCGAGCUCGAGAACUCCCUGGAGGCGAAUUUCUGAGACAAGCCCGAGGCCUCCGGCAAGCCCUCGUAGAAACGACGCAGCGCGACGCCCGACUCCCAUCUUCUUCUCCGGAAAUAAAUUUGGUCGAGGAAGGAGAAAACGGUAGUAACGAGAUCUCGCGAAGACUCGUACACGGGCGCGCGCUCGCAAAAGCUGUUCCGAGAGCUGCCAACGAGAGGCGAAUAUUCGAAAAAUAACACCGCAAGAUUUGAUCGGAAGUCUUUUUAUCUUCUUGCUCCUCCUCUUCGAAGUGGCUACUUCGUGAACGCGAUUAAAUUUUGCGACACGGGGAGGAGAUAUAUCGACAAAAGCUUUAACGACGACGACAAAAAUAAGAAUAGGAUAAUAAAGGAGUCUUGCGCGGUUCUCGUAGAUUUUAUUCAUCAUCUUCAUCCUCUAUUCCGAUGUAAUAUCAUUCUCAACUAGCAGAGAGUAUAAGAGUUAAUGAAUUGAAGUAAGAUACUUGGAUUUUCUCUUCAAAACGCGCGCAAGAUUUCGACUCCGCGUUAGUUCCGUGUUCUUCUCGUGUAUCGAUCGAGGAGCAAAGAUUUCGAGAGACGAAACGAAGAACCUCGAAGAGAAAAAGAGGACGACAAAGAGAAUAUAAAAAAAACAGCUCGGACAAUCUCGCAAAAGAACGGAAUAGCUCGUUGACUCGCCCGGAACAGUCCAAUCGGUCGAUGUCGCGCAAAUCUACAACAUCGUAUCGCGAACGUCAAUACGAAACUAUUCAUCAAUGCGAGCGCGAUUGAUGUUUGCAAAAUCUCCCGACUGCAGCCUCCAGGCGAAACAGAAAGUUCGCCCCGGAGCGACAACUUCUUCGAGAGUCACGUCUGUUCCGAUUCUUUUUCUCUUUCGAAGGGAUUCUUCGUAAACUAUCAGCGCUGUAAGAUUUAUUAUUAGACGUAAAAACAUAAAUGUUUUAUCAAACGUUAGACCGAUAAAAAUGCAAUAUAUACAUAUAUAUAUAUAUCAUAACGAUGAUAUCAUUCUUAUCUGAAAAAAGAUUUUCAAUAAAUCGUUUCGUUCCUGACAGUUUCAUUACGCAAACGUUUAGUUUUCAGCUUUCUGUGCGGACAAUGAGUUGAUCAAAAUAAACAUUGAAAAAAUAAAAUUUUGAUUACACAGUAGUUUUAAAAUUGUAGGCUUAAAACAAACACUUUCAGAAAAAAUAGAUGUCUAAUUUGUUUAUUUUAUAUGUGUAUACAAUAAUGUUUUACUUGCAUUUGUUUGCAAGCAAUUCUAACGAUUCAAGCAGAACGAUUGAUUGAACGAUCUUCCUUUGCAAUUCGAAUUGGGUGACUUAAUGCGAGGGAACAAACAAGCGCUCUCGCAAUUGAAUGUCAAAGACGCGAAACCUUGAAUCACACGAAGAACAAAUGUGAAACCGGCGAUUAGAAAACGUCAUGCAAAUAUAUGCGGAAUUCACUUCCAUCGCAUUCUCAUUGCGCGCACAUUGUUGUUACUCGCCGUAAAAAAAAAAAAAGAAGGAAGCUUUCUCUCGUGGCAGGUAGAGGAAAUGUUGUUCCGCCGUGUUCGUAAUUAAAGGCAUGCGGUGAAAAUGAGACAUCAAAGAAACUUUCGAAGCUCACUACGCAGUGUGAAUAAUUGCGACAAAAACCCGUCGUUACGAACUAAGUUUAAAUCCUGGCACUGCAUUCAGCGUAAAAUGCCCAAUAAACUUCAGAGGAAAAUACUUGAAGACGAAGUGGCAAUUAUCCUUAAUUGGAGAAAAAAAGUCAUUUUGCUACUGUCGUGCUUGAAAAAACAAAAAACCUCGUCGCUGAGUCAGUGUAUCUUCGAAGAAAGGAGACAUAAUAACGUAAUUUCAUAAGUUACAUCUCUCCGAAGAUUAAAAUAUUUCAAAAUAUUAUAAACGUAGAAAAGAAAAUAAUAAAGAGUUAUAGAUGUGUCAUUAUAUAUAAAAUUUGGAAUAAUUAUGAAAAAUCCAGUGUUCAUGAAGUAGAAUGUUAACGUUAAAAGUACUUAACGUCUCUAUUUCGGAAUCGUAAAAACGUAUGUAAGAUCGAUAAACCGUAACGUAAGAGCAUCCAUAAAUAAAAAAAUUUUUUUAAA